GCUAAAUUAUCUGAUUAGGCUGUUCUUGCUUGUCAUUACUUCGAACUUUUAGCGGCUAUCGGAGCCAUAGUAAUUGCGUUUCAAGACCUGAUUUGUAACCCGCACGGUUUGUUCAGUUCCAAUCAUUCCAGACCGUAUGUAUGCCCAACAUUUAACAGGCCACCUCCAAAGGUUGCUUUGCCCCAUACACUUAUCGGCGAAUGCCCCUACUAAGACGCAGACUUCGAAGCCGUCGUGAAUGAGCCAAGCUCCUUUGCUACGCAGUAUGCAUUAAGGUCAAAUAUACGCCGGACUGACUUAUACCACGAGCUGCAGAGGAAUGGACUGCCCCAUGCGCGAGGACAGUACGUGGAACGGGUUGUCAGGUUAGCCACAUGCGUCUCCUCGAAUCUCGAAGCAUCAACGCUUUGUCGGACACGUUUCAAAGGUAUCAGCCUGCUUUGGCAGUCAACCCGGAGCCAUGCAGGCAUUGCCAUUGGAACUGACGCUCUCAGAGCGCCGCAACGCUUUGGCAGCAGCCAUAUCCGCAGCAGGUUUGGACGCAGCCUCUCGGCAUGCGCUUCAGCACCAGCAGCUUUAUCAUCAAUAUCAGCAACAGAAGAACGCCAGCAAACAACAGCAGCAGCAACAGCAGCAGCAACCACAGCAACAGCUGCUCCCGCAAUUGCCACAGCACCCAAGGGAUGCCCCCGACCUCGGUCCUUGGGCCUCACGUGGUCCCUUUAUCUCUCCACGCGCUUCGGUCCCGCCCCCGCUGGCACCCGCCCCAGCCGGCCCCACCUCACCCAACACCCACCUCCGUACCUCCCCCUCCACCUCACCACCCCGCCAACACCACUCCCCGCCGUCCCCCUCCUUGCGCCCCCGGCUCCCUGCCGACCUCCAAACCUUUCCGCCACCACCACCACUCGGCUCCCCUAGCCUCCUCCCUGGCAGCAAUGGCGCACCCAGGUCCCAUCAGCAGCCGCACGCCUCAUCGUCAACCCUACCCAGACGUCAACAAAUAGCCGACGCAAUGACGGCAACCCAGCUCAUUCCUGGCUCUCCAUCUGGGUUAUCAACCACGCAUUGGCAGCAGCAACAGCUGCUGCUGCUACAACAGCAGCAACAACAAGGGCGGCGUAGUGGCAUUAUCAACAGCAGCGGCGGAGGUGGUAAUCAACUCAGCCAGUACGCCAGCUGGCCUCCGCCGGUCGGUUCGCCUCUUCCCUCCUCCCUAGCCGCUGCUGCCACCUCAAUGAGCGGUGAAACCGCCGCCGACUCCACAACGACCUUCCCCGCCUCCUCCAACCCAAACCUCAACCACAACAACGCCACCCAACGAGCAACUGCCACCACAAGCCUCCGACAUAAAACCGGCGGCGGCGGUAGCGGCAGCGGUGUCGCCAAGCCGCAUGUCAGCAUCAGCGGCAUCUCCGCCGCCGCUGACGGCGACGACGCGGAGGGAGGCACGGAGGUAGCGACGGCUCGCACGAGCAAUCGCAGCAGCAGCACGGGGGGCCAGGUGGUGUUUACCGGCGGCGAGACAGCAACGGGCGAGCACAGCGCAGUUGGCGUUGGCAACGGUAGCGGCAGUGGCACCAGCGGCAGCACCAACGGCGCCGCUGGCGGCGGCCACGCUGGCGGCGGCGGGCGCUACUGGCGUCACAGCUGGGCGACGGCGCCCAGCAGGGACAGCAGCCCGCCCAGCACGAGUGGCAGCACGCGCAGCACGGCGGCAGCAGCUGGCGGCGGCGGCAAACAUGCAGCGGCGGCAGCUGAGGAUGCGGCAGCGGCUGGACUGGGGCCUGAGAUGCCUGCGCCCAUGCCGUCUGUGGUGGAAGAUGAGGGAGAGGGGGAGGAGGAGCUGAGGCCGGCGGCGGUGACAGCGGCGGCGGCAGCGCGGGAAGGGGACGAAGGUGGUGGCCCUGUGGAAGGUGGCGCUGGUCAUCAUGGGGAGCUAGGAGAGGACCGGGAAGGGGACGCCGUGGUUUUCGGGGCCGAGGGUACUGCUGGUGCAGGUGUUGCUGCUGGGGAGGCAGAUGCGAGUGCGACUGGGGAGGCAACGGAGCCCUCCGAAGCUGUCGCCGCUGCGGAUGUGGCAGCGGCAGCGGCGGAGGAUGCCAAGGGCGGCGAUGGCAGUAGCAGCAGCGACACCAGUAGCCGGAGGCGGAGACGCAUGUUCGGAAUCCGGAGCAGCAGCAGUAGCAGCAGUUCCAGUAGCGACGAUAGCGACGAUGAAGAUCCCGUGUCAAAGGGAAUUCGUCUGGCAGCUGAAAAAGCCAAGGCAAGGGCUAAAGCUCAAUCCAAGGCGAAAGCAAAGGCGGCGACGACGGCGCGGGGGCCCUCAUCUCGAAGGGCGCCGCCGCCACCGCCGCCGCCGCCACCGCCACCGCCGGCAAUGUUCACUGAUGAGGACUUCUCCGCCGCCGCUGACGACGCCGGCGCCGCCACCUGGCCGUCGCUGUACGGCAGCCUGGACGGUGUCGGCCGGCGGCGACUGCAUCAGUAUCGGCUGUGGCGAGCUCAACAGCACCUGGCACAGCAAAAUGCGAUCCAACAAUACGAACAGCAGAUCGAGCAUGCGAAACAGCAAGGCGGCUCAUUAAGUGGCCACCUGUCUCUGCCGGUACUGCCUGGAAUCCACUACGGUACGGCUGUUGGCAACAUGGAUUACCAACGUCAGCAGGCAGAAUCAACCCCGGCGGGGCCAACACCGCGGUUGGCGCCCGGCAGUACCGGAUGGGGCCGACACGUGCGGCUUGAGGGAACACACCUCACAAUGUCACUGCCCCCCGGGUUUGAGAUCCGCUCGUCUCGGAGAGGAACGAUCCUGGAUUCCGGUAGCGGUCGGCCAUCAGAAGCGUCAUCCCGCAAGAGCUUUGGACGGGCUGCAGCCGGAGAUCGGAGCGGAAGUGUACGGCGGAAGAGCAAGGGUCGCAGCAGUCUAGCCGCCGCAACCUCCACCAAAUCCCUGCAUCCCGACUCUCUGCGGCCUCCCAGUGCACAUGACGCGGCUGCGUACGAGACAACAGAUCUGGCGUACGACAUGUACGACAGUAAGGCUGGAUCAGCCGCCGUACUGGCGGCGCCGCCACUCGCACCAGCCGAACCGGUUGAGUCGGUUGUGUUGAUGUCGUCACUGACAGCGCCGGUAAUGGAGGAGGCCGAGCAGGCGGCGUUGUUGAUCACAGAGCAGCCGAACACGCAGAGCUCGCCCCCUGCAGUGGCGGCCGCCGCUGCGUCAGCAGCAGCUGCUGAAGGCUAUGUUUCCGAUGGUGCAGGCGGCGGCGGUGGUGGCGGUGGCGUUACAGGGUUGGCAACAGCUAGCACGGCAGCAGACGGCCGGUCACUCCGCCGUGUCCGAUCUAGCCUCGCCGGCAGCAUUAAGAGCCAUAACCACUCCAACAGUGGCGAGCGACGGCACCAUGUGGACUUGGAUAGCAUGGUUCCCCUGGCGGCGGCGGCGGCGACGGCGUCAUUGACAUCUGACGGCGGCGGCGCCGCCGCCACCGCUGCUAACGGCGCCAGUGGCGGCGAUGAUGACCCCAAUGGCGGCUAUGCCGCGCGCCUCGACGCCAGCAUGUGGGGUGGUCAUCCCGAAAUCCUGGGGGCUGACGGCGCCGCCAGGCCCCUUCGUACGACAAAGUCGUUCGUCAUGCCAACGUCACGACGUAUCGCGGACCGGUACAACAGCCGACGUAGCAAGGCCUCCUGCAGCGGUGCCGCUGGCAGCGGCGGCGGCGGAAGUCUCAGCGGGGCUGCAGUGAGUACGACAGAACUGACGGCGGCGAUGGUGGCGGCGCCGCCGCCAACGCCGACGGCGGUGGCGAUGUCCGGCGAACUGUUGUUUUCAGCGACGGCUGGUUUGUUGGCGUCGAUGACGACUGCGUCUGCGUACGGCAGCAUCAGCGGGGGUAUUGGCGGCGGGGGCGGCAGUGGCGGCGGCAUUGCUGAGGAUCCGGUGUUGGCGCGUGUGAUGGAGAAGGCGCGAAGGCGAGCCGCGGAGGAGCGCGAGCGGCGCCGCAAAGCCGCCGCCGCCGCUGCCGCCGCAGCUGCCGCAGCUGGGCCCAACAGCGAGGAGGCGAAGGCGGCUCGGAGGUCGGAUGGGGCGGCGGCGGCUGCGCUGACGGCGAGUGAUAAGGCCAAGGUGGCUCAGCUGCUGUUCCAGCGGCAGGCGGAGGACUGGGCGCGAACGCACCGGCAGUUCCCGCCGCGGCGGCACCUGGCGCCAGCGGUCACCAAGAUGGUUGAGCAGUGGUUCGCGCUGGUGGACGACGACAGCAGCGGGCAGCUGGAGGGCAGGGAGCUGGCAAACAUGCUGCGGGCUGCCGGCGUGCCCUGCAGUGUGGAGGACAUCCUGGAGCUGGUUCGCUUCAUCGACAUCAACCGGGACGGAUCCGUCAGCUGGACGGAGUUCCAGUCGUUCCUGCUCAAGGAGCUGGGGGCGGGCAAGAGCCUGAUCGAGGGCGAGUACGUGAUGCCCUCAGGCAAGCGACUGCCCUUCGGAGCCAUGAUCUCACGACUGAAGCGGCUGCGGGUGCUGGACGAUAUCAUGAAGGGCGGAUCGGCUCGCAACCGCUACGUGGACAUGUUGUACAACCGGGAGGCGCUGGCGGCUGAGAUGGGGCUUACCCUGGAGGCUGCGUCCCUAAUCGCCGAGCCACCCUCCGAGUGGGAGGCGGGCUCCCAGAGUGACAACAACAACAACUCCCCAACCAACACCGCAACCACCGGCUGGCGCGCCAACGGCCACCAACGGCUGCAGCACCUCUUCCAGAAGGAGCUGGCGGCGCAGGAGGAGCACUACCGGGCUCUGCGGGAGCAGCAGGAAGCGGAGCUAGCCGCGGCCCGCCAGAAGGAGAUCCGCGCGCAGCAGGCGCAGCGCCUUGCCCUGCUGGCCCAGCGGCAUGCGGAGAGGCUGGCACGGGAGGCGGAGGAGCGGGAGAGGGAGGAGCGGGAGGAGCGGGAGCGGGAGGAGAUGGAGGGAGGAGGGGGAGGGAGCAGGCGGGGGUCACGGGUGGCGGCGGCAGCGGCGGCAACUGCCGCUGCGGAUGAUGGCAUGGCGGGUGCGGGAGCAGCUGCAGAGGAAGGGGCAGGAGGGCGGAAGGAGGAGGAGGCGGAGGCAGCAAGGGUGAAUGGCGCGGUGGAGAGUGGCGGGGAGCUGCAGCAACAACAGCAGCUGCAGGGAGAGGAGGCAAUGGCAGCGUCAGAGGCUGAGUUGGAGGCAGCAGCGGCGGCGGUGGCGGUGGUGUUGGACGAUCUCACAACGCUGUUUGAACUAACAGAGGUCGAUCUGCCAGCUGAACCGCCGCGACCCCCUAACGACGAUGACGGUGUAGCGAACGACAGGUCCGCCACCGCCGCCGCUGCCGUUGACGGCGCUGACGCUGACGGCGAGCAUUCAGACGCCGCCGAGGGCGCUGUCGCUGUCGCUGACGACACUUGUACGACACAACCGCCUCCCGUCGACGGUGACGCUAACGCCGCCAACACUAGCAAAGGGCUGUUGCCUCCGCUAGCGUUUCCCUCGGCUCCUUCUAUCAAGCGACCGGAUACGCGUGCGUUCCAACGGGCGUUGCUAACCGUGCGGCACAGCGCACCCGCGUACCUACUGCAGCGAUUCGGCAUGCCCGGCCCUCGGGAGGCAGCCGCGGCGGCGGCGGCCAUAGCCGGCCCCACCGCCCCCCUGCCGCCGCCGCCGCCGUCGCCGUCAGCAAGUGGGCCCCUCUUGACGACGUCACUGUCCUCGACGGCGCCGCCGGAGAUCUUCCGCGGACGCACGCGUACGACAGGCUGCGGCGCCAGCAGCCGCCGUCGUACGAGUGGCAGCGGUAGAACAUCGUACCAUGAUCCUCAUGCUUCAUCGUCCGCCAUCGCAGCUGAGCAGAGCUACGAGAGCAGCACUAACACGUACGGAGGCGUCGGGUUGGGAGGAGAGAUGUCGUACGAGUUUUCGACUACUUCGUUACCCUCUGCCGCCGCUGGUACCGCCGUCAGUGGCGGCGGCGCGGCCUCUGGCAGCGGAGGUUGUACGGCAUCGUCAUCCGCGUACUUGUACGGCGCUGGAUUUAAUCGCUAUCGCAGAUGGAGUAUGUAUGCCAUAGAUCCCGCCGCUGAGAAUCCUGAUUACUGGCAGGCCAAGGCCGCAGCCCUCCUGAUGCGACGAACCCGUCGAGCCUUCCUCGGCGUCCCCGGAGCCGGCGGCGCCGCCGCCGCUGCCGCCGCUGCCGUCGCAGCGGCGGCUGCCGCCGCCGCCAAGGACGCCGACGGCAUCGCCGCUAUUCGAUCGCGAUCCGCAUCGCCGUCGGGAACUCUCAACCGCCCGCGCAGCCAUCAACAUCCGAAUAAAGGUCGCAGCGGCCGGGGCGGCCGCGGCGGCGACAACUGUCAUUUACCAAACCUAACGGCGUCAGGUUUCAGCAGUUCCCUUCGCUUCACAUCUUCAACCGCUGCACGUGCCGCCUCCGCUGCCUCCGCGGUUGUCUUGGGCAGAGCCUCCGUCGCAGCGGGAGUCCCCAUCUUUUUCAACGAUCGGGACGCUUACACCGACGAUGACGAUGGCGGCGGUGAAGAGGAUGAGGAGGUGGAUAAAAAGCCGGGCUCCGCCGCCAACGGUACGACAGCGUCAACCACGGCGGCGGCUGUCGUACGCAGUUCCAUGCGCGACAGUGGCGGUGGCGGCGGCGGCGCUACAAGGAGAAUUAGCGGCGGCAGUGGCGGCAGCGGCGGCGGUCCCGUACAUCAGUAUGUACGGAAGCCGCAGCCACAGGCGCAUCCUAGGGCGGCCGCGGCGGCGGCGGCGAUACGGCGGCGGCGGCCGCUACCGCAGGGGAUGUCGGGGGCCGUGGCUGCGACGGAAGGAGGCUGUGGUACACCGCAAUCGCAGAUAAUGCAGGCAAGCAAGCACAGAGUCGUCAUCGCAUCCCCGCACUCAUCCCUGUCUACACCUCCGCCCUCGCACCAGCAACAGCACUCCCCACUCCUGCAACAUCAUCCCAACCAACUGCAACCGCAACUGCAACCGCCGUCAUCACCACAAGCACAACCGCAGCAGCUGUCGUUCCAACCGGCGCUGCCGCCCCAACGGUCCUCCCCUCAAUUUCCCCCAGUCGCAUAGCGUGCCGGUUGAAGUUACUGGCUGUUUGGGAUUUAUACUUAUGGUUUAGUUUUAGUGUAUUAAUACGGUUUGUCAUGUGAAGUCUAUGUUACACUUGCGGGAUGUACGUCGUUGUGCACGCACGUAUGAACCCCCUCCGCACACUGACAGGGCCGCCAUGCUUACUGAGUGCCUGCAUGUGCACAACAUACAGAUGUGUGUAGACGAUACACAUGCCGUUGGUACUGAUGCUUGCUGACGUGUCGCCGUAUGCGCCUACCGUUGGAGAGCGCGCACGCGAGGCGUUAUAGACGCAAUUAGUUUCCUGGAAGCUGUUUCUGCUGUUACUGCUGUUACUGCUGCUGGAAAUGUGCGAGCGGGUGACAUCAUUCGCUGCUGAUGCGGGUACGCAAGUGCUCUGGGAAAUGGGGUUGCAUGCGGUUAGGUACAUCAUGCUGCACGUACACUUUACACGCCCUAUAACGUUACGCAUAGCACACGCUGUGGGAGGGGGGGACCGGAGGGGAAGGUCUGGCUGUUGGCGAGGUAGGGUUAUAUACAACGAUGCCAGAGUAUUUUAAGCUGUAGGUGGGGUGGGGUAAAUAAAGGUUGGUGUGGGGGCGGAGCAGGGCGCACCUCUCACCUUCUCCCCUGCCCGACAGGCCCCUAGUUUUUCUUGCCCGGCUUUUCCCAGGCAUGUAGGAAUGGCUAUGUUUCACUUGUUCAGACGGGUUGACUUGGUAUUACAGCGCGUUUCAACCGGAACGGUGUGUUGCUUGGUUUGUGAUUCUCGCGCCUUGUGUGUUCAUCAGUAAAUGCAGGCAGGCUGUCUUGACUCGUGAGCCGCACUUGCAUGCAUCCUUUUGAACUUUAUGUUUACAGCCAAUGGUUGAUUGCACGACAUGGGGCAACGCGUUUGGGGUACGACAUUCUCUGUGCCCGGCAGCAGCAGUAUGCUGUGCUUGUCGUCCCCUUCUUUCAGUGUAUAUACAUUAGGUCUGCUGCUUCCUGCCAUGCCGCUGCAAACCUCGGCGCUUUUCCGGCCGUACACUUGGUGUACGUUGGCUGCUUAUUAGUGAUGACAUCGCCCUGAAAACUAGCGUGGCGUGGGUACGUGGCAAGUGGUCUUAAAGACAGUUGACGAUGGCAAUUAGUUAUCAUAGUUGUGUGGAGCAGUAUAAUGUACGUGCGUGAAUUGUGGUGUUGAGAGGAGUUAGACGUGUUUUGCCCUCUUGGCUUGGGGGUGUGAGCGGG